AUGCCACCGAAUGUAAAAAGAGUGAUACUGACCACUGCUGUGGUCUCUAUUACUAUUACAGGCACUCUCUAUGGUGCUGGGUUGAAGACCAAUCAAGAAAUUGCCGAGACGAAACAGCAACGUCAGCAGUCGACCCUCGAUGAACAGCUCAAAGCUCUUCAAGGAAUGCGCUCAAACUUAGUUGCGCGGAGAGGCAUACUCGAGAACCAGAUAAAAGACCUGGAUACAAGGGUGUUAGAAAAGCAACAGAAAGGCCUCAAUGGCGAAGACAAAGAACAUCCAGGCGGUCGAUGA